AUGAAUGGAUGUUCUCCUCGUAUUGAUUUGUCUCAAUCGAGUGACGUGUAUCUAUCCUUCGGAACGAUGUAUCACGACAAGGGCACGUGCAACCCAUGCAGAUACGAAUGGACACGAGGUCCCACCACCAAGCGAGUCAUUCCGAACCCAAACGAUUUAAAGAAAACAAAAGUUACGCCUGAAAAUAUUUUGUCAUCAUGGAAAAGCAAAGGAAACUCAUCGAGCAGGAAGUCCCCAACCCAUCAGUGCAGUGACAAGGGCCAAAUGAACUGUGUAGAAAAAAGGGGUCCGAAAAACCUACUAGCCAAUUUGGAUGCACCGAAAAGCAGUUGUUUAAAGGAAGAUCCUGUAGAAACUGAACGAGACUGUCAACGCAAGAAAAAUGGCAAAGCUGUGCAUGUUAAAGCUGUACAUGAUAAGGACGCAGAUGAUAAAGCUGUACAUGAUAAAGCUGCAGAUGAUAAAGACGCAGAUGAUAAAGACGCAGAUGGUGAAGACACAGAUGAGGAAGAGUCGCCGAACGAAGGAGUCCACACGAGAGUUGACAUUUCUGUUAACUGCAUCAGCACAGAGGACGGAGGCAGUGCAGAAUAUCACGAUAUUGAAGACUAUUAUGCACAUAUCCUACGAAGUGGAAAUGGUGUCGUUCUUGACAGUGACAUGUCCAGUGUAGGAGACAUGGAUUACGAAGCAGUGGUGAGAGGUGGCCUCCAAUCGAACUACGAAGAAGUGAUGAGCACUAGAGGAGAAGUAGAGCAUGAAGACACGCAAAGAAGCAGGGGAGGAGAUAAGUAUGAGGACAUGCUCAGCAGUGAAAGGGGAGAGGCGUAUGGCUAUACUUGUAGUGGAAGUGAGCAGGGGCACCGUGACGUUAUGUGUGAUGUGCCUGUUGACAGUGUGCUCAGUCAUGUGUGUGUGCUGAGUCGAGCCUACGUGGACAGAGAUGACCCCGAUGAGGAAGCUGCCGACGAUGCUGCCGACGAUGCUGCUCACGAUGCUGCUCACGAUGCUGCUCACGACAAUGGUGGUAACUCCAGUAGUGUCAACUCCAAUGGUGUCAACUCCAGUAGUGUCAACUCCAAUGGUGUCAACUCCAAUGGUGUCAACUCCGCUGGGCGUAACAUGGGGGGUAACCGCGUGGAGAAUUACGACGGAGAAGAAGAAUCCAGAAGUGGAGACCACUGCUACACGGGGAGAGACUAUGCUGUAGGUUUUGAAACCCCCCAGGGCACAGAUCACCUCACUCAUGUGAACGGACUCUAUGGUAUUAACGACUCUAACAGCAUGAACAACUUGGGAGUCAUGAACAUGCGUUCUAAUCUGGUCAAUGUUGCAGAUGAGAGGAGUGGUUCCUACGGACAGGGCAAUGACUACAUGAACAAUAACAACAACUCGAACCUUGAUUUCAACCUGUCCGACAGUAACAACCUAUGCAGCACAUACCUUGUUAACAGCACCAAUUCUAUGAGCAACUCGGAAUCCACCAAUGGCACCAGCUUCACGAAUAAUAUGAGUUGUUCAGGAGGUACCAGCUUAACACAGCGCAGUGUCUCCGAAAACAGCAUGACUGAUGUGAACCGCGAGAUCGGGAUGGACAGUGCUAUCCACCAGGGGGAACUCAACCAUGUUAACGCCACGAAUGUUGCGAUUCCAUUUGGUGGCUUGAACAACAUGAACCCAUUUGGCUGUCUGAACAACAUGAACCCAUUUGGCGGCCUGAACAACAUGAACCCAUUUGACAGCCCGAACAACAUGAACCCAUUUGGCGGCCUGAACAACAUGAACCCAUUUGACAGCCCGAACAACAUGAGCCCAUUUGGCAGCCCGAACAACAUGAGCCCAUUUGGCAGCCCGAACAACAUGAGCCCAUUUGGCAGCCCGAACAGCAUGAACCCAUUUGGCAGCCCGAACAGCAUGAACCCAUUUGGCAGCCCGAACAGCAUGAACCAAUUUAACAGCCAUAACGACGUAAACCCCUUUGGCGGGCUGAACGGAAUGAACCAUGUUAGCAGCCCGAACAACCUGAACCGUGUUAGCAGUCCGAACAACCUGAACCAUGUUAGCAGUCCGAACAACCUGAACCAUGUUAGCAGUCCGAACAACCUGAACCAUGUUAGAAGCCCGAACAACCUGAACCAUGUUAGAAGCCCGAACAACCUGAACCAUGUUAGCGACUUGAACCGUGUGAACCCAUUUGGAGACCUGAACAGCGUGAACCCUUUUGGCGGCCGCAACGACGAAAAUUCCAUGGCCAGGUUGGUCAACAUGAACUCCACGAACUGCAUGCAUUGCGUCCUCCUCAGAAAUUGUAUUAAUUGUAUGCACUGCAUGCAGUGCACGAGGUGUAUGUGCAGAAUACCUUGCGCUAGGUGUGCGAGCAACCCAAAUCAUAUGAACAGCCCCCAUGGCAUGGGGAGAACAAACUACGCGGGAGCUAUCAAAUUCCAAAACAGCAUGAACGGAAUGCACAGCAGGAACGACAUGAACGGUUUGAACGGAAUGCACAGAAUAAACGGAAUGCACAGAGUAAACGGGAUGCAUAACGUUAACAGGAUGCACAGAGUAAACGGGACGCAUAACGUUAACAGGAUGCACAGAGCGAACGGAAUGCAUAACGUUAACAGGAUGCACAGAGCGAACUUCACAGGUGGUAUGAACGAGGCCCAGAGAAUGAGACAAAUAAUCGAAUCCCAGCACAUGAACCACAUGAACGAAGCGCAGCGCAGGAAUGGAACGUGUCUUACGGAUAGAGUGAACCUAGUGAGCGGCGCGAACUACGCUGAAUUCCAGCGCGGAGUGGGUAACAUUAACAGAGUGAGUGACAUUAACAGAGUGAGCAACCAGAACAGUGUGAGCAACCAGAAUAGUGAGAGCAACCAGAAUAGUGAGAGCAACCAGAAUAGUGCGAGCAACCAGAACAGCGUGAGCAACAUAAAGACCGCGGGCUAUGGGAUGUGUGCCACAUGCUAUCACGACACAAACAGCAGGGUCAGCACCAUAGGAGCGAACAGCAUGGCUGAUGGAAGCAGAAUGGCCACGCCUAACAGUGGGAUGGCCACCAUGAACAGUGGAAGCAGACCGAGGAACGUGAAUUGCGGAGGAGUGCCGAACAAUGCGAGGUGCGGAAGCGGACAGAACAGCCCGAGCGGUGGAAGCGACUCGAACAAGGCGAACGGCGGAAGCGGACAGAACAGCCCCAACGGUGGAAGCGACUCGAACAGGGCGAACAGAGGAAGAAACCCCAACAAUGCGAACGGAGGAAGCGGAUCGAACAGACUCUACUGCGCAAACUGUAUGUGCACGCUGCACCAGGGGGACACUUCGAAUGGAGGAAGUCAAAAUGAGCCAUGUAUACACAACGGACUGUACCUUUGCCACAAUUGCAGAAAUAACAUGUACCGAUUCUUUAAUUAG